GUGCCGGGAGGUGCCGGUGCAGGAGUCGGGGCUGCUUCGCGUCCUGAGAGGUGCAGUCGCGCACAUGGGGACACACCGCAUCGUGCUGUCGGGCCCCGGGCCCUGGGGCUUCCGCCUGGUGGGCGGCCGGGACUUCGAGCAACCCCUCGCCAUCUCCCGGGUGACUCCAGGUAGCAAAGCUGCAGUAGCCAACUUGUGUAUAGGAGACCAGAUCAUAGCUAUUGAUGGAGUUAACACAGAUAACAUGACGCACCUUGAGGCACAGAACAAAAUCAAGGGUUGCACAGAUGAACUAACUCUGACGGUCAGCAGAACAGAGUCAAAAGUCUGGUCACCACUUGUAAAUGAGGAGGGAAAGACGCAUCCUUAUAAGAUGAAUCUGGCCUCUCAGCCACAGGAAGUAAGACACAUAGGAAGUGCACACAACCGGAGUGCAGUGCCCUUCACUGCUGCCACAGCUUCUGCCCCCAGGGUGAUCACUGCUCAGUACAACAGCCCAGCAGGGCUUUACUCCUCAGAGAACAUCCAGACCUUCAACACUGCUGUGGAGUCAAAGACAUCACCAGGGGCCCUAGAAUCUACCAAGCCUUUAGAUCAGCAUAACCAGCCCCCAGGCAGUAUUGUCGUAGACAGAGAAUCUGAGGUUUACAAGAUGCUCCAGGAGAAUCAAGAGUCAAAUGAGCCACCCAGACAAUCUGCUUCAUUCCUUGUGCUGCAAGAAAUCUUGGAGUCAGAAGAAAAAGGAGACCCCACCAAACCAUCUGGAUUUAGGAGCGUCAAAGCCCCCACCACAAAGGUGGCCUCAUCGAUUGGGAAUGCCCAGAAGCUGCCCAUGUGUGAGAAGUGUGGAUCUGGUAUUGUAGGGGUGUUUGUGAAGAUCCGGGACAAGCAGCGACACCCCGAGUGCUAUGUGUGCAGUGACUGUGGCACCAACCUCAAGCAGAAAGGACACUUCUUCGUGGAAGACCAAAUCUAUUGUGAGAAGCAUGCACGGGAGCGAGUGAUUCCCCCAGAGGGCUACGAGGUGGUCACUGUCUUCCCAAAGUAAACUGCGCUGCUCAGAGAGCCAGUGUGGAUGGUUUAUCCCCUGCUGCUUUUCCUUGAAAAGCACCAUCCCUGCCCCCCUGCUGAAUCUUGUUUGCAAUAAGGAAUGCUAGGCAUGGCUUUGAAUUUCCUUGCCAUUAUUAAUCCUCCAUUUGUUCACAUGAGAUGUCACUAAUUGUUCAACAUUCUUUUUGUUUUCUCUUGGCUUUUUCCUAAUACACAGAAUUAUAUUUUAUUUCCCUCCUUUGCACUGUCACACAGGAAAAUCAGAGGCCAAAGUCACAUUACCACUGUUCUGUGUCCCAGUUAUUUGCCUUCUGUUUGCAUUCAAUAAAUGGGGUGAAUCUACAAGGCA